UUCAUCCAUCAAUUCCUGAACACCUUAAAAGAGGUCCCGAGGCAGACUUUCUGUGCAUACUCAUCCAGGUUUCUUGGAAAAGGUUGCACGUUCCCAUACCCCGCCCCUGAAGUAUUCUGAUUCUGUAGGUCUAGGGUGGCAUUUGGAAAUCUGGGCACUGCUGAUGCCCAGAGCCCACUCCUUUACUCUUAAGUGGGUCCUGGGGCCAGGUGCUGGGGACACAGCUUUCCUGGACCUGGGGCCAGUCUCCUUGGGGUCCAUCUACCUGCAAGGAGUUGGAUCACUUCCUGACUGACCUCUCUGACAUUAGGGGCAGAUUUCUGACUGGUGCCUAGCACCCAUUCCAGCUGUAGGUGUGUGGAGUGAACUUCAGCAUAAGUUCGUCCCUCAGAUAUUAGUAGGUAUUGGUGGGCUGUGAAGGAUACUUUCCAGAAGUCCCGGGGCAUGUGGCAAACGUUAUCCAGAAAUCCUCUGUGAUGGUGUGGAGGGCUCUUGGCUAAGGAGUGGUGCUUGCAGCCUCUCUCAAGGGCUACUGAGGAGUGGAGCAGGCCAUGGGAGUGGGCCAGGUGGUGCUUUGUCUAGAACUGGAUGCCUUGUUGGUGUGGAGGAGUGAGAGAGAGAACAUCUCUUAGGACUGGAGGUAGCCUUCUGGGUGAGGAAGCUCAGAGCCUAUUGAGAUAGGUUCCCCCCAUGUAGACAGGGGUCUCUUUUUCAUCCACAGUGCCUGGCACAGAGGGGUGUGCAAGGCAUUUUCCCUCAAUAUAUCUUUUAAUGAAUUAAAAAACAGAUGAUGAAAUGACAUGAUGUUCCUAAGGUCACACAGGGAGUGGCAGAGUAGGUACUAGACUCCAGGUCCCUUGACUGCUAACUCCACCAAGUCUCGUGCCCUAGUGCUGUCCUGCUGAGGAGGGGCUUUGUUCCCCAGUCUCCUUGGUGCCACGCCCUUUCCCAGGAGAAAGACCAGGGGCUGUGCCCAACCUAGCCUCACCCUGGCUUCCUGGGCAUGGGGUUGCAUGUUGGCUUGGCUUCCUGGGUGUUGGGGUGCUGGCAUCAUUCUGGCUUUAGGCCCGGCCUAGGCUCUUCCCUCCUUGGAUUGGCCUCGUCCUCUGGCCCCUUUGAUUAUACGCACAGCCUGUGGCUUGUCUACCGAGAAGGUGUAUGUAGUUGUGACUCCUGUGUGUUCCCUGGAGCUCGGUCUGAGGGUUUCCAGCUGGCCCUGAGAGAGGAGGCAGAUUCAGUGGUUAGACCUGUCAGACACUGGGAAGAGGGCUUGGAGGAGCAGGUGGACAGAGGCAGCGGGACAGCAGCAGAGGGCGCUUGGACACAUGGUUCACCCAGGUGGGCAGGAUGACAGGAGAGUGAGGACCUAGUACCUCCGGUCCCUGAAAGUCACAGGGGCAGCCCAGAGGGGCCCAAGUGCUGCGGAUAAACUUCAUGAACUCCACAGUGCUUGAGGGAUAGGCAGAGGCAGAGCUGUGAGAGAAUGCAUUCAAUAGCCAGGGAAUUCCAUACACCAGUGUGUUUAUUUUGAUAAGUGACCACCUCCCUGUUCUGGUCGUUGCAGUUCCUGGACAAUUGUAGGGGUGGCUGCCCUCAUCCUGUUCCUGGUAGCCCUGUUGGCUCGUGUCCUGGUCAAAAGGAAACCACCCCGGGACCCACUGUUCUAUGGUCAUUCAAGAAAUCCAAGCGAAAGAUCUGCUGAGAAGACCAUGUGAUUUAAUGUUGGUUGUGUGUCUCCUUCUGGCAACUGGAUUUUGCCUGUUUAGAGGCUUGAUUGCUUUGGAUUGCCCAGCUGAGCUCUGCCGAUUAUAUACGCAAUUUCAAGAGCCCUACCUAAAGGAUCCUGCUGCUUAUGCUAAAAUCCAGAUGCUGGCAUAUCUGUUCUAUUCCGUCCCUUACUUUGUGAUGGCGCUCUAUGGCUUGGUGGUUCCUGGAUGCUCCUGGAUGCCUGACGUAACACUGAUACAUGCUGGAGGUCUAGCUCAGGCUCAGUUUUCUCACAUCGGUGCUUCUCUUCAUGCUAGAACUGCUUAUGUCUACAGAGUCCCUGAAGAAGCGAAAAUCCUUUUUUUAGCAUUAAACAUAGCAUAUGGAGUUCUUCCUCAGCUCUUGGCCUAUCGCUGUAUCUACAAACCAGAGUUCUUCAUAAAAACAAAGGCAGAUGAAAAAGUUGAAUAAAAGCAUUAUUUUAUGUUAUUUCUCUCUAGAUUACUGACUUUUGUUAUUUUGGUACCAAUAUUUGGUCCCAUUCCACUCUCUUCCCAUACAGGAACAUUUAAGAAUACAUAAAUUCUUGCUCCGUACUGUAUAUGUGAGCUAUCAUAGGAAUUAUGUGGAUAAAUUUUCUUUUUUUGAAGGAAAAUUGAAGUUAUUCAGAAAGCUUGUUUAAAGAAAUAUAUUUCAAGUUAUUUGUGAAUAAACUUGACCACCUAUCUCAAUAUUCUGUUUGCACACUUUAAAUAUAAGUGAAAAAUUACAAUUUAGCUCCUAUAAUAGUGAGCAUGAAAAGGAAACUGUUCAAAAGUGAAAAUGGUCUAUGCAUAUUAAAAAUUUCAAAGUAGCAAAUACAGAUGGAGAAAUAUUUUUGCAUAUAAGAUCUAUAUGUUUCAUUAUCAACCUCAAUAUAAAAGACAAAUUAUCAGAAUAUUUAAAAAUGUUGUUUGAAAAAUGUUUUCCCAAGGAAAGUAUAUUAUUUACUGCUGUUUAAAAAUUGCUUUUACUGAAAUUUUUCUGUGAGUCUAAAUAGCUAAGGAGGGAUCUAUAACUUAUCAUUAACCUUAUUUUAUUGGUGACUGGAAAUGUUUCUAUUGUAUUUCUGUGUAUAUUUUUAAUAAAUUAUUUUUGGUCUUUUAUGAAGACAAAUCUUACUAAA